AAGUGUUGAUUGUUGUGUGAUCACUGGGUCAUAUCAUUUUAUUACUUCAAAUAAGUAAUUCUAAACCAUUUAUUCAAUUCUAAUUAACGUGCAAUUCGAAGGAAUAUAUAAAAAAGAUCCUAAGUGGUGUUCUUUCAUUAGAAAUGUGAUCGAAAAAUGCAAAUCUAAGUAGACAUACCAUCCUGGAAAGUGUUAUGGAAAACAUCAGUCAUGAAAUACGUUUGUAUAGUUGUUUUUGUCAUCUUACAUCCAAGCUGCUCGUCUCUUCUAAAUAAAAGUGAUUCAUUGUCUCUUGUAAAAGCAAAUUCUACAUCUGAACAAAAGGUAUGGAACAUAAAACUUGAUAUUAAUUUUGCCAAAACACUGCCUGCUGCCCUUCAAAAAUCGAGAGGAUCUGACGUUCGCUUUAGAUGUAAAGCUAUAAUGAAUUUCACGAAAGUGGAGAGCUACACGAAAAAUAAGGAAGGUGUUGAGACCUCAUUGAAAGAAUUUCCGCCAGAUCACAUACAACAAGCUUUAAUGAAAAAUGUCAAAGUUUAUUGGUUGAAGAAUAAUAAAAUGUUGACAGAUACAGCUAAAAUAGAAAUCACCACCAAAAUUGAUAAAGCAAAUGGUACUAUUGGCACUUACCUCAAAUUAAGAGACUUGACCAUUAAUGACGAAGGUAAUUACACCUGUGUAAUAAAACAAAAUUAUGAAAAAAAAAUGACUACAAAACUCAUUGUUGAAAAUAGAGAUAACUUGGAUGAUUUUGCAAAUCCCACAUUUAUACCUAUGUUUCCAAGCGGUGGUAGUGAAAAUGAAUUGGUUUUAAACAUCAGAACUACAGCUAACUUAAUAUCUGAGGGUAUGAAGGUGGAAAAUGUUAAUACUGAUGUUUCAAAAAAUACGACUACCCCACAAAAGUUACAACCCAUUUGUCAGGAAUAUGUUGGUAAAGUUUGCAGCUCUCAUCUCAAAGGGCAGUUUGUUUACAUUCCCUACAACACAUCCCAAGAGGCACUCGAGGAAAAACUUUCCAAAGCUUUUCAAGUUACUAGGUAUUCCAAUGAUAUAAGCUCUCAUUGUGAACAGUAUGCUCAACCAAGCUUAUGCUACUCCACAUUUCCCAUCUGUAGGAAUCCAAUAACAACUAAUAAAAACUUUUUUAAUGAAGCCAGAGAAGUUUUUAGAAUUCUUCAGAAAAAUGAUAAAUUGCCGGAAAUAAGUGAUGUUAAUGAUCUGCCUAUUUUUAUAUUUAAAAACAUACCUCAAGAUCUACAAUCACUUUUAAAAUUGAACAAGAAUUUGACAGAUCCAUUGAAUUAUCGUUACAACUCAACAGUACUGAGACGUGUUUGUAAACAAGAUUGUGAAAUACUAGAAAAUGAACUCUGUCAAACAGAAUAUGCCAUUGCCAAGAGACAUCCACACAUUGGUAAGCAACUGACUUUGGAAGAGUGCCAAGAUCUACCUGAAGACGACCCGGAUUGUCUCAAGAUUGGCCUUGGCACUCUCAUGGUUUCAGACGAUGAGUGUUACUGGGAAGAUGGCAGUGGGUAUCUGGGCAGAGUGAAUGUUUCCAGCAAUGGGAUGCCUUGCAUUGAAUGGUCAAAGCAGUUGUAUGUUAAAGUGUCUGACUAUCCAGAACUUACUGGCAGACACAGCUACUGCAGAAACCCUGGUGGAAUUAAGUCACAGCCUUGGUGUAUUAUAGACAAUGAUGGGAAAACUGAUCAGCUAUGUGAUAUACCAAAAUGUGCUCACAAAAUAUGGAUAUACAUUGUGGUUAUAUUUCUUUUUAUAACCCUUAUCAUUGUUGGUUUCAUAAUUUGCCUCUUUUAUAGACAUAAAAAUAAAGGUAAUGCAGCUACAAUCAGGGAUAUAAAUCUACCAAAUGCUGACAAGAAUAUUUAUGGUAAUUCUAGACUUAAUUCACCAAUUGAAAUGAAUGAACUAUUGACCAAUCAAAACAGCAGUAGUCAACCACAUUUGACUAUAAGUACCGCGCGUGGAAAUGGUGUGUUACGCAUACCACAAUAUUCAUUGGCACAAAUAAAAUUUUUGGAAGUGCUAGGUGAAGGAGCUUUUGGCAAAGUUUACAAAGGAGCACUGAAAAAAAAUGGUGAAACUCAAUAUGUAGCUGUUAAAGCUUUAAAGGAGAAUGCAUCUGCAAAAACAAAGGCUGAUUUUAGAAGAGAAAUUGAUUUAAUAUCAGAACUGACCCAUGAAAACAUUGUGUGCAUUGUUGGUGUUGCUCUUAGGGAAGAACCAUUAUGUAUGUUGUUUGAAUUUAUGGCACGAGGAGAUUUACAUGAAUUUUUAAUGGGCCGUGCACCUCCUUCAGGCAAGGGAUUGCCAUCAUUAAGGCUGUUGAGUAUUGCUGAAAAUAUUGCAUCAGGAAUGCAGUAUUUGGCUUCCCAUCAUUAUGUACAUCGGGAUUUGGCUGCAAGGAAUUGUCUAGUGUCAGAUGACUUUAUUGUAAAGAUAUCAGAUUUUGGACUGUCUAGGGAUAUUUAUAGCUCAGAUUACUAUAGAGUGCAAUCUAAAAGUCUAUUGCCAGUGAGAUGGAUGCCACCAGAAUCAAUAUUAUAUGGCAAAUUCACUACAGAAAGUGACAUUUGGUCUUAUGGAGUUGUAUUAUGGGAAGUUUAUAGCUAUGGAUUGCAACCAUAUUAUGGGUACAGUAACCAGGAGGUCAUAGCAAUGGUGCGCGGUGGGGAGCUGCUAGCGGCACCAAGCGGAUGUCCACCACCCGUGCACGCGCUUAUGAAGGAGUGCUGGCAACACACACCCCAGAGACGACCUAACUUUGAAAUCAUUGUCAAUAGGAUACAAGAGUGGAUUCAAAUGGGUGGUUGUCCUGAGGUCGCAGCGUCUGAAUCCGGCAGUAUCUGCGGUCAUCGACCCACGACGUCUAGUAAGGAGUUACAGGAAAGAGUACCACUUUUACCCCCUCAUUGCUCCUCCUCAAACGGCUCCCUCGCAACCGGGAGUUUAAAGAAGUUUAGCGCAGUCAGCUGUAGCUCCAAAGCAGACGACAAUUUCUCCACCUGUAGCGAAGUACCCCCUCUAGCGCCCAAAACCAAAAAGUACAGUUCCGGAUCUCUCAUAGACACAGAUAAAAUUGGCACCAAGGAAACCGUCGUCAGAAUACCCAACAGACAUUACGGAAAUGAAAUAUAGCCGCAGCUUAGAUAUUAUUAGACAUAUAAAUAUAAUUAGCUAAAAUUUUGUGCUAAAUAUAGGCUUGACUAAUUGUAAUUCCUAAGUAAAUUAUUGGCAUUGCUAUUUAGAUUAAGUUACCUACAUGAUAGUCAGUAGGCUUUACACACUCCGCCUUUUCCAUUAUUUAUUUAUUAUCUAAAAGACAAAUAGUAUUAUUUAAUUUAUCAAAGACUAAAUCAACUCUAGAUAUACUAGAAUUUGUGUUCACUGCACCUAAUAAAACCAUGAAUACAAAAAUUGUACAUAAAAAUUUGGUACACUUGCUCAAAGAAUCUUUUUAUAAUAAGUACUUUAUUUAAACAUUGAUAAAAUUUGUACUGAUUAUGCACGAAGCAAGCCCAGCUUUUAAGGCAACAUUUUUUGACAAUUUGUUUAUGAAUCAUGUAUAAAAUAAGUACUACAUUAAAUGGCAGCUAAUCGACCUUUCUUAGGUUUUAACUAAUCAAUCCUCCAAUCAACUUUGACUAGCGAACUUAUAAGUUAUACGGUUAUUAUACUGUAAUUUUUAUGUAAAAAGUACUCUUAGACUAAUUAGCUGCAAUAAAAAUGUAUAGCUAAUAAUUUUUCGAUCGCCGCUAUGACAUUGUUUUAACAGGUGGGCAUCCACUGUAUGCCAGUUUUCUUGGAGAUUUGGUAUUAUUUAGAAAAUAACCACGUCGCUAGUAAAAAAAUGGUGAUUCUCAGAAACUAAGCGUAACUCAGUCAGUCAAAGGUCAAAUUGUAUCGGGGUUUUUAUAAAAAAAUUACGUACUAAAUUAUCAUAAAAAAUUAAGUAAACUUGUUUAUGCCCUGAUUCUAGUCUCAAAGAUCAUUUUGUUAUGGCACCGAAAUCGUCAAGUCAAAGUUCGAACAUAUUAUGGACUUCGACUAAGAUUAUAGUAUAUUUUGCCAGUCUUCGUAUAUUGGGUAGUAAAAAUUACGAUUACACUUCUAUAUUUGAUUAGAACAAUAUAUCAACGUAAUGUGUAUUAUUAUAUCCCAGCGAAAGCAUCAGCAUUAAAUUAACGGAUCCCGUUUGAGAUAAUAAUAACUUAAUUAGGUAUAUUCUUUAUAGAAUGUUACAAAGAUUUUUAACCUAUAAAAAACCUUUAUCGACUUCAUAACUGACCUGAAAAAGGCAAUGACAUUUGAUAUUUGUAUACUUAUUAUCUAACUAACAAAAAAUUAUUCCCCAAGGGUGAGAUUUUAUCAUUCACGGCAACUUUUGACGACUGACAGCAUAAUAUAUCGUAUAUAUAAUAUUAGCAAAAUAUCUAGACAAUACUCUAUUUUUCUAACUUGUCGUAUUGUGUUAACAAUGUUUUCAUUCCGUACAUUAGUUAAUAUGUUAAUAAUAUGGUUUAAAAAUAGAAAAAAAAAAAACUGAAAAAAGAUUUUCUGUUUCUGUAAUAAUGUAUUGAGCCACCACCACCGACCACUGACUACCACCACCAACUUAGUGUUAAUGACAAAUAUGUUUACAGAUAAUUGCCUAUUUAAUAGAAAAUCUAACACAUUAUGUUAAUUUAUUAAACUGAAUUUAAUGUGUUAUCGUACUUAACUCCAACAUUCAUCUUUUAAAAUAUUUAAAAAACAUCAAAAAGUAAAAAUUGUAUUUCAUUUUAUCGGUUACACUAAGUCGGCAGUAAUGGCAGGUUUUUUUAAUUAUUUUUCACUAUCAUAAUUUGACAAGUAAGAAAAAAGAAACUAUUGAUAUCCUAUCCCAUGUUCCUUUGUUUCGUUUAAAUAUGACUUUAUUUUUAGAUUUGUAACUAGCUGAGUAAUAAUACUCUUUUAAUUAGGUAGCUAUCUACAUAAUUUUACUUUCGGAAUUGUAAGACUCUUAACUAAGUGAGAAUAUGAUAAUUUUAGUUAUUCAAUCUAAAUGUAUACCAGGAAUUGUAGUUUUUUUAACUGUUUAACUAGAAACCUACACUGCCAAUAAUAAAAAAUCUCUAUCUGCUAUGUGAAAUUUUAAAAUUUGUGGUUUGUACCUUGUUGUAAUUUAUACCGUUAUUAUACUGUAAUUUUUAUGUAAAAAGUACUCUUAGACCAAUUAGCAGCAAUAAAAAUAUAUCGCGAAUAAUUUUCCGAUCGCCACUAUGACUUCGUUUUAACAGGUGGGCAUCCACUGUAGGACAGUUUUCUUGGAGAGAUUUGGUAAAUCUAAGUUUUAUAUAAGUAUUUUAUGCACACAGCUAUCCCAUGGAGUUAUUUGACAUCCAAUCUAGCACCAUUGGGUAACAGAGCCCAACGGUAUUCUAACGAUUUGCCGCCCGUGUCCACUACAGCUCAGCAAUACGCUGAGCAUAUACCUAGCAAGCAUAUUAUACUUGCUUUUUUCUAACGUGUCUUAUAUGUAUCUAUUUAAAAAUCUUUAAAUAACUUUUUAGUGUUUUAAAAGUAGAAAAACGAAGUGUGUUAAAUAAAUUAAAACAAUCUACUUUAAACUAAAAAAUCACUUUAUAUUGUAUACAUUUUGUGACAUGUAAGAAAACAUAGACAAUACGUAGAUUUUACUACUACGUAGAAAAUAGCAAAACUUGCUCGAAAAAAAAUCUCAUUCGAAGAACUGGCUAUUUUAAUUCAAUUAUUUGAAGGAAUGCAGUAAACGCGUCUUGCCACGAAGUCUAGAGUGAAUGGUAUGAUAAAAUACAUCUAAGUACUUAAUUAAAUUACAUUGUGAAAUCCAAUGUAAAAAUGUUCCAAAUCCCAUUUCGUUGUAUUCCUUUUACACAGUACUGUAAGAAUAGCGAUAGCAUUUGUAAUAAGUAUUAAAUUUUGUUACUUUUCCACAUCUGUUUAGUUUUUCUUUUAUAGAAAUAUAUACACAGUACAUAAUUUCUGUACUUGCCAAAGACUUUUUUGUAUGUGAUACAUUUAUUAUUAUUUUUUA